CCGGGCCUGCUCGCGAAUCAGCAGCAGCGCAGACGGGACGGGAGAGAGCACGACAUCGAGGCAGAGGAGCGAGGCUGUGAUCCUUCGUCUGCGACUGCCAGUGGCCGCCUCCGUGAAGAUUUGGAUUCGCAUGUCGUAUUCCGUUGCGCUCUGUUGCCCUGUGACUCGUUGAUCGUCCGUCAGUCGUUCUCGAGAGGGCAGGCAGCACGGAGCGAGCGAGCGAGCAAUUCAACCGCUCGUCUCUGGCUCGGGUUCGGCCUCGUCCCUGUCUAUGGCGGUCUGUUUAGGCGCCCUACGCUACUUGCACUGCCACUGUUGCUGCCUCCUCUGCUAGAAUCCUCGACGCUUGUAGGCUCUGAAGCGGGGUGGGUGUGAAUCUUCGGAAUUGUCGUGCGGUGGGGCGGGCGUUUGAUCGUCGAGGGAGGGAGAAUUUUCAUCCGCUGGGGUUCAGAAGCGAGGAAUCUGCGCGCUGUCGAAUUUCGUAUCUAUGUCUAUGGCGGUGGUCUCGGUGCCUUCCGCAGUGCUCGCUCUGUCGCGCAGUCGGAGUGGUAGCGAUGGAUUGUUUCCUCUGGUCAGACCCUCGCAGGUAGGUUUUAGGCGGUGUGGCAAUUUUGAGGGUCCUCUUAGGUCCGCGUCGUUGAGACGAGGUGCUCACGCUCCCCAUCAGGGCAGUCGAUGGAUCAUCGCGUGCGAAGCUACGGGAAACGGUCGGGAUUUUGAGAAUCAGGCGAGCAGGAUUGCGGAGGAUGCCCGCAGGAAAGCGGAAGAGGCUGCCAAGGCUUUCACAGGCAAGGCGGAGGAGGUGUUCGAGCAGGCCAAGAGGAAAGCCGCAGAGUUCCAGAAGGACGAUGACUUGCAGGCCAAGCUGAACAAAUUCGCUCGAGCUGCCAUUCGAAAGCUGGAGGAGGUCGGGUACGAUGUCAAGAGAUGGGCUGCUAAGUUCGAUCGGGAGUAUGGGUUAACGGAGAAGGCACAACAGGCAUUCGAGUACGCUUCCGAGCAAGUGCAGAGCAUCGACCGCCAAUUAGGGGCUGGCCGGAAAGCUAGGGACCUCACGGCUGAUUUGCGUUUGAAAUGGCCUUCUUAUCGAAGGCAAAUCAGCACAUUCUUGGAGUCACCCGUGGGCAAGUCUGCUGCCACACUUUUCUUUUUCUGGCUACUUGUGUCCGGCUGGUUUUUCCGACUCUUACUUUUGUCCAUGUGGGUGAUUCCGUUCGUCCCUUUACUGCUGAGCAAAAUCGGAAAAGCCGCCAUCGUGCAGGGAAAUUGCCCAAAUUGCGGAAUGCAGUACGUGGGUGGCCGAAACCAAAUUGUGCAGUGCAGUCGUUGCCGAGGAGUAGUUUGGCAACCAAGAACAGAUUUCUCAAAGGAUUCCAAGGUUGAUCCUCAAAUUAUUGACAUAGACAUUGAUACGAAAUGAGGGGAACCCGAAUUCUUCAGCAGAUGGCUCUGUGGGUUCGAAGAAUCUGGCUGUUCUCUACACUUCUGCAGUCCAGGGAAUCAUCGGCAGAGAUAUCGAUUCCAUAUAGCUUUCUAUCGUCAACUUGAGAGCUUACUUGAUCCAUUUCUCUCUUGAAAGGAUCAGUCUUGUGCAGGCCUCUGUAUAUUCUUACCUGUCUAUAGCUUCGUUCAAUUUCAUCCACCAUGGUAGCCACGAGUGAGCUUUACUUUUUUGACACGAUUUAAAUUGUUACGUAUGAGACUGACAGCUUCCACUCUGGAAGCCGGUUUGAACUGGAGACACUCCGGCAGGCUAUUAUUUCAAUUCUCCUGUCUGAGGUUGGAAUAAUAGUAGCCUUCAUGCUUCGUCGGCUUGUAGAUGUCUGAUAUAGUACUUGGCUACAUAAUUGUCUGGUGGAGUUAUCUUCUGUGUCACACUCCCGAGAGAAGUAUGAAAGUCAGGCUGGAUAGUGUAAGCGGAGGAAAGAUGUAAGAAGAGAAGAGGUUUUAUUGUGUUCUUUCGCACAUGGCCCGAGGAGAACUACACGUAUGGGUUUGGACUGGACGUGUGGAUGUCAUUCAGAAUAUCU